AUGAUCAGCGUCUACCCGCUCAAUUCUCCUACUGCCUCCUCCUCCUCCUCCUCGUUCGCCUCGUUUUCCCUUCGCCAAAUACGGGCACGCCAGCUUUUCCUCCCCGCUCCCCCAAAUGUGCCUUCCGGGCACGAUCGCCAGGUGGUCUCCUAUCUGAAGCACAAGCGGAGGACAAUCAAGAAUCGAGGUUAUGCCUUGAAUUGUCGCGUUCGACGCAUUCAGAAUCAUCAUCAGCCUGCGACUGAUGAUGUGUUGCUCAGGGAUCAGACGGUGGUCAGUCUGCAGGGAUGGCUUCAGUACUACGAGAGCUCAUACUCGACAUUCUUCAACUAUUCUUCAAGGCGCCUG